GUUUGUUGAUGAUUGUUGAUAUAUCACAUGUGUGCGACCACGUGAUCUAUUUUCGGUUGUUGUUGGUUUUCGGUUUUUUUUUUCAAAUUUUCAAGAAGAUCCCGAAAAGAAACAAACAUGGUAUUCUUUACCUGUAAUCAAUGUGGUGAUUCAUUGAAAAAAAAUAAAGUUGAUCAACAUUUUCGAUCAUGUUCAACUAAAACCGUUGCCUGUAUGGAUUGUUUUAAAGAUUUUAGUUUAAAUAAUUACAAUUUCCAUAAUGAAUGUAUCAGCGAAGAUCAAAAAUAUGGUGGACCAAACGGUAAACAACAAGAUUAUAAAGGAAAAAAUAAACAAAAUGAAUGGAUUAUGAAAAUCAAAUCAUUAGUCGAACAGAAUACCUAUCCGAAAGAAAUAAAUUCCGUACUGAAUUCAUUAAUUCGUUAUGAAAAUAUCCCAAGGAAAAAAGCGAAAUUUAUCAAUUUCGUUCGAAAUUCUUUUCGUAUUCGAAAUGAAAUGCUGAUCGAUAAAAUAUGGAAUAUUUUUGAAGAAGCAAUUAAAAAUCAAAAAAAUUCCAACAACAACAACAACAAAUCGAAUGGAACAACCCAGAAUGGUAAUCAUCAUUCGAAUGAUAAUCAACAAGCAGAACCAGAACAACAACCAAAAAAAGAUGAUCAAAUGGACAUUGAUAGCCAAAAACAACAACAAGAUCAAAUCGAAAAUCAGGAAUCAACAAAUGACCAAAUCAUUAGUAUUAAAAAAUCUGAAUUAAAAACCCUUGUUAUUGAUAUUCUUCGGCGAAAAGGACCAAUGUCGAAAUCAAAAUUACAGAAAAAAAUUCUUCGAAAAUAUCAUAAAAACAAUGGUCACGAUGAACAAUCAGAUUCAUUGAUACUCAGAAAAUUGGAUAAAAUUCUUACUAAAAAAGCAUUUAUUAACGAUAAUAAUAAUGAUAUAAUUACAUUGUCUUCAGAUUGA